AUGAAGGACUUACCUAGGCGAGGUUCUGGAAGCUGUCAGCCGUCUGUGGGUCCAGGGAUUUGGGGGAGGUGGCUCCUUCCUGUGCCCCCCAGGCCUUUCCUUUGUCCUUGCCCCUUGUCCUUGACUCUCUGUCUCUCCCCUGUUGGAGGCCCCGAGCCUGAUUCGGGGCUCUCUCUCACCUUCUCUGUCCUCAGGGAGACCCAGGAGCAGCCAGGCCGGGAGCACCUGCACCUCCCAGAGUUCCCUCUUGUUCUCCUGACACAGGGAAGCCCCAGUGCCUACUGUGGCCAUCUUCCCUUUGCUGACCUCUUGGCUCCACCCCAGGUGCCCCCAGAACCCCUGGCUGGGAGAGGCUGGGGUUGGUUGGGCCAAGAACCUUUCCACGUGCAGUGUCUGAGACUCGGCCAGGUGAUUCCCACUGACAGAGCCGCACUGCUGGGUACUCAGAGCCCCAGAGGCCACAGGCGUGAGGGGCACAGUGGAAAGGUUCCUGUGCAAACCAGCGUGGGGCAGCACCGGCUGCGGUUUCCUGCUCUGACAUCAGAAGGCACCAUUGUGACGUCAUGCCCGCUGCCAGCACAAAGCCUUGGCUGGGCCUGGGUUCUGUCAUUAGCCCAGGAAGUGCUGUCCCGGGGACCUGGGGCUGGGAACAGCUGCCUGUUUGUUUUCUUGUUUUGUUUUUGUUCUUCAAGCUGCUGUUGUUUUGGUCCAAUUUGUUUUUUCUUUUUCUGUUUUGAUUAUUUUGUUCUUUUUUCUAUUUUAUUUAUUUUGAUUUCCUCCAGUAUUCGUAUUCUUUUUCCCUUUCUUAUUGAUUUCCUUGGAUAUUUCAUUUCUGUUUGGAUUUUUUCUUCACUUUUUUCAUUGGCUUCUCUCUUGCUUGUUGUUGUUCUUUAUAACUUCUUCCAUUUUUGGGUUUCCCUUUGUUCACUUUGAGUUUUUUUUCUUAUUUUUAUUUCCUUUUUUUUUAAUAAGACUGUGAUUCAUCUGCUUGGAUUGUUAUUACAGUGAAGGUUUAUGAAUUUUUUUUCUUAUGAUUUAUUCCUUUUUUGUGUUUUCUCACUUUUAACUGAUUUGAUAGGGUUAGUCUCAAUUGUGAGUCCAGUUGAGUUCAUUUAGUUCCUGUUUUCUGUUGGUGAUGUGAGCUGACUUUGUCCAUUUUGUGUUUUGAGUUCUGUUCAUUUGAUUUCUGUUUGUUUCAUCUUCUUUUGUGCUCACGUUAUCUGAGCCAUGAGAGCUGAUCUGUGUCAGCUGCUGGCUCAGGGUCUCCCAGACGUCAGCCCUGCUGACCCUUCCUGGGGGAGCCCUGGAGAGGGAGAGGAAUCCGGAGGAAGAAUCGGAUCCUGCGGCUCCUGUUGGGUCAAAUUUGUUUUUUCUUUUUCCAUUUUGAUUGCUUUGUACUUUUUCUAUUUUAUUUUGUUUCCUGCCACCAUUCAUGUUCAUUUUGUGUUUUCUCAUUUUAACAUUUUCUUCCAUAGAACAGUCUCCGUUGUUGGUGUGGUGUAGUGGAUACAGUUCAUGUUUUCUGUUGGUGACGGGAGCAGAGUGAGUUUGUUCAUUUUUGUGUUUUGAUUUCUGUUCAUUUGAUUUCUGCUGUUGCAUUUUCAUUUGUGCACCACUCGUCUCCCUUCCUGGGAGCCCCGGGAGAGGGAGCAGAAUCCCGAGGCCAGAAUCGCAUCCUGGAUGGGGACUUCCUGGGGCGGGACUGACUGCGGUCCCCCAAGCCCUCUGUGUCCCCAGUGGCUCCCGCGUCCCUCAGCAGAGCGGGGCAGGAGGUGUCCAUGGCGGCUCCUGGGACCAAGGUAACUACUGCCCAGUCCGGGUAGCUCUACAAGGUUCAAGACCCAAAGAAGCCCAGAAACAUGAUCUGCAGCAGCAAGAAGACUACCUGUGGAAGGACCUCUUGGUGGUGAGGGACUCACCCACAGUGGGGCA